GGAGGAAGGAUCAACUCUCCCCUUUCUAUAGCAGCCAAGCAGGUUCUCUUCAAAUUUCUUUUCUCAAAUUCAAGUGAUUAGUUAGGGUUUUAGCAACAAAACCAAUAUUCGCAAAUCAGCAGCAAAUUCAAUUUCGAAGCAGCGACAAUGGCGAGCACCAAAGUCCAGAGGAUUAUGACCCAACCUAUUAACCUGAUUUUCAGGUUUCUUCAAAGCAAAGCUCGUAUCCAGAUUUGGUUGUUUGAGCAGAAGGAUGCGAGGAUUGAAGGCCGUAUAAUUGGCUUUGAUGAGUACAUGAAUUUGGUUUUAGACGACGCAGAAGAAGUGAAUGUCAAAAAGAAGACCAGAAAAUCACUUGGGAGGAUCCUUCUGAAAGGAGACAAUAUCACUCUGAUGAUGAAUACGGGAAAAUGAGACCCAGCUGAUUUGCAUUUGUUCACAAGUAUUAAAAUUCCAAACUGCUCAUCCGCCUUAGAAGUUUUGUGCAUAUUAAUGUAGUAUGUACUUCACGCAUUCUCCUCUGUUCCGUAUAGUUAAUAUGUGGGUUGAUGAAUAUGAAGUAGUGGAUUUGACUAAUGUGUUCGUUUGUGUUUAAUAGAAUUUCUUAUAGUUGAGUUCCUUGUGGUGCAAUCCAAUCUGGGGCAAUUUUCUAUGCUCUACCAGUUUAUGUUACAGAGGAGGGAUUUUUGAGA